AUGUCUCUGAUGCUAUCUGACAACCUUGCUCCUCAGCCUGUAACUGAUGUCUUCACCGAUGAUACCAACAUUGACCGUCGGAAGUGCCACCGCACUGUACCUAUGAAGGUACUGGCCCUUGGUGUUGGCCGUACCGGCACUGCUUCCCUGCGCAAGGCUCUCGAGCGUCUUGGCUACACCAAGUGCUACCACAUGAUGUGCGCCAGUGUUGAGAACCCACCCGACUGCCUGAUGUGGCACGAUGCUCUCAACGCAAAGUACAACGGCAUGGGCGAGUUUGGUCGCAAGGAAUGGGAUCAGCUCCUGGGUGACUGCCAGGCUGUCUGUGACUGGCCUGCCUGUGCUUUCGCCAAGGAGUUGAUUGAAGCCUAUCCCAACGCAAAGGUCAUCUUGACUACCCGUGAUGUCGACCCAUGGCACGCGUCCGUGAUGAAGACUGUCUUCUGGCGUGUUAGCGACCCGGAGCACAAGCUUGUCUCUGGUUUCAGCUGGGCCGCUGGCAUGUACUACCCCAUGUUGGACAAGUUCUUUGAGACUUUCUUCCGUGGCGAUUUCCCCAAAUAUGGAAAGGAGGUUUACAACGAUCACGUCGCCGAAGUCCGGAGCCUAGUUCCCGCCGAGCGUCUCUUGGAAUACAACAUCAAUGACGGCUGGGCUCCUUUGUGUGAAUUCCUUGAGGAAGAGGUUCCUGACCACCCCUUCCCCCGCGGCAACGACAUGGCCGACUUCUAUAAGCGCUGCAGCACUCGCAACCGUCAUCAGAUGAUGAACGCUGCUCUACAUGCUUUUACUAUGGGCAGUGCUAUCCUGGCAACUGGUUUCGCUGUCACCAUGGCCUUCAAGCGCUUCAGUCGGUAG